AAUCUGUUCUUCAUCCCAAGCUUUGCCUCAUGAUUCCAGAAUUGGAGAAGCCUCGGGUCACGGAGAUAAAUGUCCGGAUGGACUGUAACGGCUGUGUGCAGAAGAUCAAGAAGGCGCUACAUGGCAUUAAUGGUAUAUAUGAUCUCCACAUUGAUUUCCCACAACAGAAAUUGACAAUUGUUGGUUGGGCUGAUCCUGAGAAGAUUGUCAAAGCCAUUAGGAAGACCAGAAAAACUGCCACCAUCUGUUCACAUACAGAGCCAUCAUCAGACCAACCUUCUCAGCCCACAGAACAAGCCCCCAACAGUGGCGCCCCACCGCCUACGGAGGCAGCAAACCCUUCCCAACCUGAGGCCCCGCCAUCAGAACAACCAAAGGAACCUCCGCCUCAGGAAAAUCCGCCGCCGCCGCCGCCUCAGCAAGCGGAAAAUCCGCAGCCGGAUGCAAAUCCGCCUCCAGCCGCUGCUGCCAACCCUCAAGAAGGCCAACUGCCUCCGCAAGAAAACCAGCCACCACAACCCUCCAUGCCUAAGGAGGUAGGCGAGGUUCACACAAUAUACCAUCACCCCCCGGAAUAUGGUUACAGAUCAUACGGCUGCAACCGCAGCUACAAUGGCCACUACUACAACUACCCGAGCAGCAGCAGCCACCAAGCAUUUCAACACGAGCCACCGCCACUGCCACCAGCGCCGGUCUACGUGACUCACAGCUACAACACAUACAGGCCGUCACCUUAUGUCACCGAAUACGAGUACGUGAGAUCACCACCACCACCACAAUACAACUACAGUCAAUACCGGAACAUAGACCACUAUGGGGAGGAGUCCCCCAGCAGCUAUGCCAGCGCCGCUGGGAGCGGAAACAUCACUUCGAUUUUCAGCGACGAGAACCCGAAUGCUUGCAGAGUGAUGUGAGAGGAUUGUCUUGAGGGUGAUUGGCAUGAUCAAGCAACGCACAUGGACCGUUCUUCGCCUUGGACUCAAAGAGGGUGUGGCAAAAGAAAAAAGGUUAAUCCAAAUUAGGAAUAAUUUGUAGGACAAUAAAAUUUGAGUGGCCGCAGUAUUUUGGUGGAUUAGCAUUUGAGGAAAAGAAUGAGAUUCCAAGCUUGUAAGUGCAGGAAGAAUCGGACAUACAAUGAGAAAGUUAAAAAUGAAACUUGAAAGUCUAAUUCAAUGCCGUAACCAUUUCCUUUUUC